GACGUGGGGUACAAUGGCGGCUGCCGGGGAUGUUAUUUUAGAAGAUGUGCCUGGAUCAGUGAACCUGUUCAAUACUCUUCAGGAUCAGAUAACAAAAGUCACAGCACAUGUUCAAGACCUGACGCAGAAGGUCCGUAGCAGCAUAUAUAACACUGACAAGGGUCUGAGCUUCCUAGAGUUAAAGGAUCAGCUUCUUCUGUUUUACCUCCAAGACCUGACCCACUUAAUGCUGGAAAAGACAAAUGGCAAAUCCAUAAAAGGAAAUCCUGGAAUUCUGAGACUUGUGGAGCUACGCACUGUAUUGGAGAAAAUGCGUCCCAUUGAUCAGAAACUGAAAUACCAAAUAGAUAAAUUGGUUAAAGCUGCUGUGACAGGAAGCCUGGGGGAGAAUGACCCCUUGCGCUUCAAACCCAAUCCGCAGAACCUUAUGAGCAAGCUCUCUGAGCCUGAUGAAAGAGAGUCAGACAGCGGUGAAGAAGGUGCUGAGGGUGGGGUUGCCAAAAAACCUCAAAGCAAAGUGAAGAGAUACAUCCCUCCAAGGCUUGCCCCAGUUCACUAUGAUGACACAGAAGCAGAGCGUGAGCACAGAAUUGUAGAAAGAGCGAAGAAGUUAGCCCUUAGCAGCUCAACUAUACGAGAGCUAAAGGAGCAGUAUUCCGAUGCUCCUGAGGAGAUCAGAGAGGGUCGGGCUUAUCAUAUGAUGCGCCAUGAUAAAGAAGAGCAGCAUAGGAUAAACCAUGAGGAGUCCAUGAUGGUGCGUCUGAAUAUGACACGCAAGGAAAAGGCUCGAAAAAAGAGAGUGCUUUCCAUGACAUCACAACUCAACUCAUUGACGCACUUCUCCGAUAUCAGUGCGCUUACUGGUGGAGAAGGCAGGGCAGAGGAUAUGGUCCCUUCUAUGAAGAAAUCAAAGAAAGGUCCCAAAAAAAGCAAAAAGAAGAAAGGGUUCAGCAGGAGACGUCACUGAGUCAUUGUCACAGCGAAACCAGACCUUUAUUUUUUUUUUUAUUUUCUUUUUAAAUUGAUGUUUGGUUGGUUUGUACCUCUAGUGUUGGACCAUCAUUGUAGCAUUCAACAGCAUUGUUGGUGACUGUCUACAUUACUUUGAUCUAUAUAUAUUUAUACUCCUGAAGUGAAUUAAACAAACUCUCCUUC